CAUGGCUCUGUUCUUGCAGCAGCAUUUUCUGUUGCAGUUACUGGUGCCCAAGUAAAGGGACAGGUCGGGGGCUCCAUGCUGCUGAUGGCAGAGCGCCACCCUGGCUUCCAAAUUUGAGAGGCCAUCUGGAGAUCUCUCUGGCCUUCAGAGGAUCUCCUGGCCACAUCCUUCCGAGGUUUGCUAGAGACUCUGUACCACUCCCACUUCCUGGGUCGAACCCAGAUGCACAGCAAUCUGAGCCUGGAGGUCCAGCCACUGAAGUCUGGAGACAAGCACUUCUCUGUCUUGCUAGUGGACACUGAAGGUCAGACCUGGACCCAGAUCCUGCAGCUCAAGGUGUAUGAUGCAGUUCCCAGGCCCAUGGUACAAGUGUUCAUUGCUGUAUCUGGAGAUGCUCAGUCCCCCAAGACCUGCCAAGCAUUCCUGUCUUGUUGGGUCCCCAACAUCAGUGAUAUAACCUAUAGCUGGAAACAGAAGGGGACCAUUGGCUUUGGUACCAAGCCACAUGGCCUCUUCAUGGAUAGACAGGUGUUGACGGUUUCACUGGGACCAGGAGACAAGGGUAUGGCUUAUUCCUGCAUUGUCUCCAGCCCUGUCAGCUGGAACUCAACUGUAGUCAAUUCCUUGGAGAGCUGCAAUCAUGAGGCAGGGAAAUCCUCCUACAAAGAUGUGCUGCUGGUGGUUGUGCCUGUUUUGCUGCUCCAGAUCCUGGCUGGUCUCCUCUCUGCUUGGCACUGGGGCCCCUGCUCAGAAAAAAAGAAGAAGGAUGCCUGUGUUAAUGGAGUGGCUCUAGAGACAGAGAACCCCCUUGUGUAGGAUCUGCCAUGAGGAAGAAGAUAAAGUGAUGCUAGAUCAUGAGGAACUCCACUGCCCAGGCACAUAACAAUCUAGGACAUAGUUGGUGUCUUGAAACUACCAUGGUUCUUGUACAUCUGUGAGACUUUGCCCCACUUCCCAGGAGCAGCCCGGGCAGUUGCUACAUUGGGAGGAUAGAAAACACUGGCAUGACCAUCUAUACCCUCCCUCUUCCCUCUCCCCUUGUUGCAUGUCCUGGCACAGGUUUGGGAAAGUUGGGCCAAAGAGUAUAUUCCCUAAAAGACACUGGGCAGUCUCUUGGACCCACAGGGACAGUGAUUGUUGAGAGCAUUCACAUCCUACCACUGCUCAUGAAGUAUUGUUAUGGACUAUUUGUCCCCUCAAAAUUCAUAUGUUGAAGUUCUUAAGCCCCAAUAUCUCCAAUAUGAGUAUUUGGAGAUAGGGACUUUAAAUAGAUAAAUAUGGUCAAAUUAAGUCACUGGAGUGGGGUUUUAAUCCAAUAUACCUGGUGUCCUUUUAAGAAAAGGACAUCAAAUGUCCUUGGUGACCAGAAAUACACACACACAUAGAAAAAUGGCAUGGGAAGACAGAGAGAAUGAAGCCAUCUGCAAGCCAAAGAGUGAGGCCUCAAGAAACCAAACCAUCUGACACAUUGAUCUUGGACCUUCAGCCUCCAGAACUACAAGAAAGUAAAUGUCUGCUGAUUAAGCCACCCAGUCAGUGGUACCUUGUUAUGAUAGCUUUGACAUAUUACUUAACCAGCUAGCACAGAAAGAUUGCCUCUAGCCUGGGUUUCAGGCUUUAAAAGACAUUAGGCCUCUGAAGUAACCGUGAAUCUCUGAAUCACCCACUUCUAGCCCCAGUCCCAUCCCCUAGAGUUUAAGACCUUGAUGCUUCCUGAAGACCAAGGAAUUAUUAUAAGAAAAGAUCUAGAAAUACAUGAAAGUGGGAGGCAUUCUCUUAUUGGUCUGAAAGACUUUCAGAUCAUCUUAGUUCAUGACCCUCAAAGAUAAUUUAUGGUUAGUUAUAGAAAAUCAAAGGAUGGUUAAUAUACUGUGCUUGAGGUGGAUGCCAUUUUACACUUAAUACCUUUUUAUAUAGAAUGGAGGCCAAGGGGACUGGGCCAAAACAAGAUAGUGAGUUUGUUUUGCUUUGUUUUGUUUUGUUUGAUUCUUACUUUUUUGUUUUACAUUUUACAUAUGAGUGACAUCAUAUGGCUUUUGUUCUUUUCUUUUUGACUUAUUUCACUCAGUAUAAUAUCCUCAAGGUCCAUCCAUAUUGUUGCAAAUGGCAAUAUUUUAUCAUUUUUUAUGGCUGAGUAGUAUUCCAUCAUAUAUAUGUACCACAUCUUCUUUCUCCAUUUGUCUUUCAAUGGACACUUAAGUUGUUUCCAUAUCUUGCUGCAAUGAACAUAGGAAUGUAAGUUAGUGUUCUCAUAGUCUUCAGAUAACUACCCAGAAGUGGAAUUGCUGGAUCAUAUGGUAGUUUUAUUCUUAAUUUUUUGAGGAACCUCCAAACUGUUUUCACAGUAGCUGUACCAAUUUGCAAUGCCACCAACAAUGCACAAGUGUUCCCCUUAAUCCAAAUCCUAGACAACAUUUGUUAUUUCUUGUCUUAUUGGUACUAGCCAUUCUAAGAGGUAUGAGGUAGUAUCUCAUUGUGAUAUUCAUUUGCAUAUUCCUAAUAAUUUGUAAUGUUGAACAUAUUUUCACAUGCCUGUUGGCCAUCUGUAUGUCUUCCUUGAAAAAAUAUUUAUAGAGAUUCUCUGCCCAUUUCUUAAUUGGGUUGUUUGCAGGUGUUUUGUUGUUAAGUUAUAUGAGUUCUUUAUAUAUUUUGGAUAUUAACCCUUGACUGGAAAUAUUUGAAAUAUUUUCUUCCUUUCUGUUGGUUGCCUUCUUGUUUAAAACAAAAAUGUAACAAACAAAACAACACAAACACAAACUCAUAGAUAAAGACAACAACAGAAUGGUGGUUACCAGAGGGGAAGGGAGUGGGUGAAGGACAAAAUAGGUAAAGGUAAUGAAUGGAAACCAAAUUUUCAGUGAUGAGCAUGCCAUAGGGUAUACAGAUAUUGAAUGAUAAUGUUGUAUACCUGAAAUUUAUAUAAUGUUAUUAACCAU